AUGUCCCAAGUGGACACGCUGCUGCAGCAGCAGCUCUUGCUGCAGCAGCCGCAGCACUUGGUUUCUGUAGGAAAGGACACGGCGGAAGAAGAAGCAGCAACAUCAGCAGAACCUGCUGCUGCACUUGCUGCUGCGGUUUCGCCUCCUUGGCUUCCCCGUUCAGCAGCAGCAGCAGCACCACCAGAUGGAGACCAAACCACAACUGCGAGCUGCACGCCGACUUCGUGCUGCUCAUGUGCUGCAGCGGAUAGCAGCAGUAGUAGCAGCGGCACGAGGACCAUAACCGUUGAGGCUGCUGCUGGGGCGGGGCCCCCUAGCACACCUGGUGCAGCAGCCGCAGCCUGUGUUGAUGCUCUUGCUGCUGAAGACCAUCUUACGUCUCCGCCUGCAACAGAAGCAGGCGCUGCUACUGCAGCUCCUGCUCCUGCCCCCGCUGCUGCCGACAGCAGCAGCAGCAGUAGCAGCAACACCAGCAGCAGCGGCAGCAACAGUAGCCCGAGUAGCGCAAGUAGCACUAGCAGCACUAGCAGCAGCAGCGUCCAGGGGGAUACGGAUGCAGCAGCGUCAACCGUUGCUGCUGCUGAGACGCUGACAACAGCAGCAGCAGAGAGCAGCAGCGCUACAGCUGCAGCAAAUGCAGCAGAUGCAGAAACAGCAGGAGGAGCAGCGACUGAAGCCCCAGCAACAGCAGCAGCAAUGCAUCGUGUCGAUUUUCCAGUAGGAGACGGGGACCUCGCAGCACCAGCAACCACGGCAGAUGCGGCAUUUGCCGCAGCAGCUGCAGCAGCAGCAGCAGAUCCUGUCGCUGCAGCAGCAGGGAUUGACCCUUCUGUUUUUGGUGCAGCAGCAGGAGGCGCUGUAGGACAGCCUGGCGUUGACACAGCAGCAGCAGCAGCUGCUGCUGCAGCUGCUGCUAUGGGGCCGCUGGGACCCCACUUGUUGGGGACAGACGUGCGGCUGCUGCUGCAGCAGGAGUCUUUGAAUCUGCUGCAGCAAACUCAAGCAGCAGCAGCAUCGGCCAGAGAAGCAGCAGCAUCUGCAAAUGUUGCAGCAAGACACGCGGAAGCAGCAGCAAAUGCCGUUGGGGAGCUCGCUGCUGCUGUGCGCCGCUGCAGACGCCCCUGCAGUAGCAGCAGCAGCAGUAAUGGAUUUGCUGUAGCUGCAACAGCAGGACCAGCAGCGAAGCGCGGCAACGCCGGUAGAAGCCAAAGGGGGCGCGGAGCAAAACGCAUGCGGCGGCAGCAGCCCAGCACCAGCGGCAGCACAGGGCAUACAGCAGCAUUUGCUGCAGCAGAUCAGCAGCAGCAGAAACAGCAUGACGUCGGCAGCAACGAGACAGGAGAGAUACCUCCCAUUUGUUGUUCUUCAGCAGCAGCGCUGUGGCUGGAACAGCGAGCAGCAGCAUUGGCAGCGGCUGCUGCUGCAGUGCAGCAGGAGCAGCAAGGCAGCAGCAGCAGCAGCAGUAGCAGUAGCAGUAGCAAUAGCAUUCCGCAGUGGGCCAUUGAAGCCGCAACAGAAGCAGCAGCAGCAGCAACUGCAGCAGCAGCUGCUGCUGACGCUGAUCCCCUUAAACAUGUUAGCAGCAUUCAUGGAGUCUCUUUUCGAGAGGCGGGCAGCUCUUCCGAGUGGACUGUCCGCUGGAAAGAUUCGGAGACAGGCCGCGAAUUCUGUCGAGGGUUUAGUGUGGAGGAAUUUGGCUAUCUGCUGGCGAAGGCUUUGGCAGAAACCCUUGGCAAGCAAAUCCUUAGUACAGCUGCAACCGGUUCAGAAUCCGAGCUGGCGGCCCAGCAGCAGCAGUGUGGGGCCCUUCUGCGUGCGGAUUCUGACCUUGCAGCAUCAGCCGCUGCUGCUGCUGGUGCAACUUGUAGGCAGCAGCAGCCGCAGCGGCUGCACAGCGGAGUGAAGGGAGUUGUCUUUGAGUCAACACGUGGCUGCUGGCGGGGCGUCGUUACGGACAAAGCCACAGGCAAACAGGUCGUUAGGAGAUUUAGUGUUAGGAAGUACGGCCAUGAAGACGCCCAAAGAAGAGCAGAAGAGUUCUGUCUGCAACAACAACAGCAACAGCAGCAGCAGCAAAUGCUGCAGCUGGCUGCCCAUUCGGAGGCAGCUGCAGCAGCCGCUGCUGCUGCCGCCGCAGCAAAUACAACUGCUGCAUUUCCAGAUUAUGUUGACCCGAAGCUGCUGCUGCUGCCGGAUGUUGGCGUGCAGCAGCAGAUGCUGCUCCAGCUGAAGCGAGAGGCGGAGAUGCAGCAGCAGCAGCAACAACAGCAGCAGCUCCUCGACCCAGCAGCAGUAGCAGGAGUACCAGGAUCUGCUGCUGCUGCCCCCGUGCUGCCUAGCCAGCCGUUGCUGCUGGGGGCACAGCAGCUGGUGGAAACCAACAGCAGCAGCAGCAGCAGCGGGGACGCAACAGAAGACCCCAGCAACAGCGAGGCGUUGCUGCGGCAGCAGCAAAGGCUGUUGUUGCAGCAUGAGCUGCUCCUGGCUUCUUGUGCGAGGCAGCAGCAGCCACCCCAGACCGAAGCUGGUGUGAGGGAUACAGCAGCGGCAGCAGCAGCAGCUGCUGCCGCUGCUGCGCAGCAAGAGCAGCUGCAAUGUUUCCCUUUGCCGCUGCAUGAGUCAGGUUUGCUCCUGCAGCAGCAGGCAGCGGGCGGCCGAGGGCUACCGCUGUUGCCAAUUAAAGAGGGCCCGCAACAGCAACAGCAGCAGCUCACAGAACAGUUGCAGCAGCAGCUAUUGCAGCAACAGCUGCUGCAGCAACAGUUGUUGCAGCAGCAACUGCUGCUGUUGCAACACGCCGACUGUCAGCAGGUCCUCAGACCCGAAGACGAAUCAGCACAGCAGCAGCAACAACAGCAGCCAGGAGCGUUGCCGCAGGAGUUGCAGCAGCCGCUUCAUCAUGAGCAGCAGGAGCAGCCCCAACAGCAGCCGCAGCAGCAGGAGGAGCCGCAGCCGAGCGGUGGGGUGGGAACAUCCGAUUCGCUUGCUGCUGUGGCCCCAGCUUCAGCACCUGCUGCUGCUGCUGGUUCUGCUGCAGAAGCAGAAACAGAAGGCCCUAGUCUCGUUUGA